AUGGCACCAGGCAAGUCUCGCAUCGCGCGUGAGCACUUGGGGGAUACAUACUUCAACAUGAGGCAGUCGGGUGCCUGGAUUUCAUACUUGCCUCCUGUUUCCAGCCAGGCGUGGAGAAUCAUCCAUAACCCACAGAGAGAAGAAGAAAUCAUUGCCAACCAGACCAACUUUGCAAGGAAAGCAGAAGCUAGUGGAUGUAUGGGGCUCCACUUUGAGGCAAACGAAAUGACUGUCGAGGAUUAUGACAAUGAGCUUGGGCUACAGCAACAGCGACAAUCCAAGGCCCCCAGCUAUGAUGCGGACGAUGCGGCUCUAGAUCAAGCUUUUGAGUAUGGUGAGAUACUCUGA